AAUAAGUCCUUUAAUAAUAACCCUAAAUAUAGAUAGUAUAAUAUAGGCUUUUCCUAUAUCCCUUAAGGUAUUUUCAAGCAUCCAGAGCCUGAUUAGAUACAAAGUACAAGAUGGCCAGAUAUUUACGUCACAGGCUGAAUUUAUGCAUGUAAGACUUUGAAUACUGCGCUUAAAAUGUUGGUUUCAUCUUUUCUUCCUCCUCCUCCUCCUCCUCUGAUUACCCAUCGUUACAUGUUAACUGAACUGCCAACACGAACACAACACAAUACAAGCUACCCAGAAUGCAAGGCGACGAUGACCACGAACUUGCCACGGUUUAUUCCAACAGCACGAGAGUUGGUUCCUCAGUGCCAUUGGUAGAUGACCCAGGUCUCGCUGCCGCAAUCCCAAGUCCAGGUCCAGAAGCCCCUCAAGUUGACCAGCUCAAUGUAAAAAAGUCACGGAAAAGAAGAAACUUCUUGUUAUCCAUUAGUGGCAUGUGGAGAUCGCGUCAUCUUGCCUUCUUUCGGAAUUUGUGUACCCGCAAAAGCAAAAGAAUGUCAGCUCUGCGUCACUUUUCGAUCAUGCAUUUACCACCUGUCACUAUCACACUGGCACUUCUCUCCCUCUAUAUCGCCAAGGUUAACUGGAAGGAACCCUCAAAUGAAGGAUUGAACGCUCUUCAAUUUGCGGCGAAGUCGCACGAAACGGUCCUUCUUCUUUCCUUAGGAGAUAUCCUUCUUUACCGAAUAUCUUAUGGACUCGAUCGACAAGACAUCGGUGUUCCACUUGGUUUCUUGCCAUCCUCCUUCUACCUAGCAGCACCGUUUCGGUACCUCGCAAGUCGUCAGCUAUGGGCUCCAACAUUCAAAUCUAGUAAAAAUACCAAACAUCAAUGGGCAACAGGCGCCAUGAUUGUGUCCGUCUCAAUCCUCUGCAUUGCAGCCAGCCCGCUAUCCGCCAUUGCUAUGAUUCCUCGGCUUGGUUGGUGGAAAAACGACGAUUUUGAUGCUUUUGCCGACGACGGGGGUUCGCCACUCGCUAAGUGGUUACCUCAUAUUGAAUACAGAACAGUGCUUGGUUCUGAGUCAAUACCUUUACCUGGAGUCCAAUCUCUAGUUGACCCUAUAAAAGCUUUCCUUAGAGCUGGCGUUGACGUCGAUCUACAUACCAAUUUUGAGGAAAUGGAGUUUUCAAACAUCAGCUACAGCAACUAUGAUGAAGGGCCCCAAUCAGUCUCUCUCGCGCAAGAAAAUGAAAUAACCUAUGCUACAUGUCCAUUAUCCAUUGUGGCAACCCUACUACGAGUUGCAGUCAAUAGAGGCGCCCAAGCAUUUCCAGGACCAUGGCUAACCACUUGCAAGCAACAGAUUCAAGGCCAUGGGGACGGAACAGCAUGGAAACAGCCUUUGCUGGCUGUUAAAUGUCAAUAUGGUCUUACAGACUCUCAUUUCUUCAAUUUCUCUUCUGUAUUGUUAAAUGAGACGCUUACACUUGAUGGCGACAAGGACCUAGCUGGCGUGGACUUACAUAACCUCACACGGGGCGACCACCGAUUUCUAAACCUUCGAGCCAACAAAAACUGGCCAGUGAGCGCCGACAUCCUUUUUGGCUCCUCCGAGAACAAGUUCACACUUUGUUUGGUGUUUGCCCGUUGGUCUGCUGCCGAUACAUGGAUUGAGCUACCCCGGUCAUUCCAAACUUGGAGCAAUUUCGAAGAGCCAAUAGUUCAAAGCAUUAGUAACAGGUCGAGUGACUUCAUACAUUUAGAGGACAAGUGGAUGGAUGGAAUUGCGACUUUCUCCCAUAAGUCGUUUUUUGACUCUAUGGCAGAGAUAUGUGAAGCUGCUCCGUCCUUCGUUCCAAGAUGUUAUGAACAUGCCCUUGCUUUGCAUAUUACCGACGGACUUGCUCAAACAGGAAACGUCUUCUUGUCGCCUGGCUAUAAGCCGCAGACUGAACAGUCGAAUGAUUCAACAAAACAAGAGGACGCGAUACUCUUCAUACGGUAUUACUACACAUACGCCUAUCGCUUUGAGAGCAGCCGCGGUAUCCCCUUGGCAUUUACUUUCCUCCUUCUGCACGUCCUGAUGGUUUUGAUACAUCUGGUCAAAAUCAUACAAUCCAAGGAUCCUUGGCAAGGCUCAGAUUGGGACAAUUUCGGAGACAUGUUGGUUCUUGCUCUUGCAUCCAAACCACCAGACGGCACAAACGAUUUGGCUCAACAAUCUUCCAAGUCUGAACUAUGGAGGAAGACAGUUACAAUUGGUUGUGAUGGCGAUGAAGGAUAUUUUCAGAUUCGUCUGAGAGAGCAGAAAGGGUACCAAAGAACACGUCAACAGGAGGAAGAAUCUGGAGGAGAUUUUAGUUAGACGGGGGGAGCUUUGGUGUUGGUAUUUUGAUGAGGAUUAUUUCAAUUCUAAUGUGGUCAUGGGAGUUUCGGUCAGCUCCAGUCAAGGUUUUCGACCUUGUUGCAAGACUCUGGUUGUGUUGACUAAUUUUUAAUGCCCUCGUUGAGACUUUGAGCACCGAAAGUCAUCAUCCACCAUCCAGUAAAAGUAAAGGAUGGAUGAACAGGGGGCUGCUUGGCAUCAGAGCCCCAUUAUCAUAAUGUAUACCCAGUGAAGAACAGUAAUCGCAAAUAUUCUCCACCUCGUCCGGCUACACUGAGGCUGAGGGCACUGGUCUAUAAAACACAACACAUCCA